AGUUUUUUUGGCUUUCCGUUUUGUUUCUUCCAAGCUUGCCUUUCCAUAUUUUGGGGAGUGAGGUCAGCAAUCAGUUUUUUUUAGAAACAUUGGAGUUUGUCAGCUGACGGAAUGGCGGCGGUUACUGGCUUAGCUCGAUCUCUUCGCCCGGCAUGCCGCCGGUACAGCGGUGUUUUCGCCCGUCAGGCUUCGUCUUAUGAGGACACCAGGGGGAAUCUUGGAAUUAAUUCCCAGACCAAAGUGAUAUGCCAGGGAUUCACAGGAAAGCAGGGAACUAUCCACAGCGAGCAGUCCAUUGCCUAUGGCACACGGAUGGUCGGUGGUGUCUCACCGAAGAAGGCCGGUUCGACACAUCUUGACCUGCCUGUCUUUGCUUCAGUCCAAGAGGCCAAGGCAGCCACUGGAGCUGAUGCAUCUGUGAUUUACGUUCCACCGCCGUUUGCCGCUGCCGCUAUUCUUGAAGCCAUUGAGGCCGAGAUUGGCUUGGCCGUGUGCAUUACUGAGGGUAUCCCCCAGCAAGACAUGGUCAAAGUAAAGCAUGCACUCGUGCGUCAGAACAAGACCAGACUGAUUGGACCAAACUGCCCUGGUAUUAUCAAGCCUGAGCAAUGCAAGCUUGGUAUCAUGCCUGGUCACAUCCACAAGUACGGAUCAGUCGGUAUUGUGUCAAGAUCUGGUACUCUAACGUAUGAAGCCGUGGACCAGACAACAAAGGCUGGCCUCGGACAGACACUAUGUGUUGGAAUCGGUGGUGAUCCAUUCAACGGUACUAACUUCGUUGACUGCCUGGACAUCUUCCUCAGGUGUAAUGAGACCAAGGGUAUUGUUCUGAUCGGUGAGAUUGGAGGCAGCAUGGAAGAAGAAGCUGCUGAGUACCUGAGAGAGCACAAUUCCGGUCCCAACAAGAAACCCAUUGUGUCAUUCAUUGCUGGUCUUACUGCUCCGCCUGGUCGUCGCAUGGGUCACGCUGGUGCCAUCAUCUCUGGUGGCAAGGGAGGUGCAGAGGCUAAGAUUGAGUCAUUGGAAUCGGUUGGUGUGACAGUUGUGCGCUCACCCGCCGUAAUUGGUCAGACCAUGAAGGAGCUGUUGAACUAUGGAUCAUGAAGUCACCCCCACCUUUUUAUUACCUCUCGCCUCACAUCGUAUUUCUUUUAGAUUUUCCUUAAAAAAAUUAAUAAUAAUCGUGCUGUUUCCUAUACGCAUGUUUCAAUAUCCGUGAGAAACCAGCGCUAGUUCCACUCUGUAAA